AUGUAUUACAAUAAACAGCAAAUUAAGAUUAUUUUGGCAUUUAUCAUAUGCGCUAUUGGAUAUGGCACUAAUGCGUUACCGUUGACUUCGAUGUAUAUGCUGAGGCCAUUAGAACUAAGCGAGAUGAAUGAUAAUGCGGUGAGUCUUGAUUACAACGAGGAUGAAUUAACGAAUUCCAGUUUAGAAGGUGCCUCGUUGACGUUCAAACGCAAUUGUUUCUUCAGUCCAGUUCAGUGCAUGUUCCGACGAUCGAGUAGUAAAUGA